AUGAUCCCCUCAGCCCUCUUCCGGCCACUGCCGCUAUUCUCUAUAGCCGCUGUGCUCCGUCUCACUCUCCUUGUCUAUGGCAUCUGGCAAGAUGCCAAUUCCGCCUUGAAAUACACUGACAUUGACUACCUCGUCUUCACCGACGCUUCCCGCCUCCUGGCCAAGGGACAGAGCCCCUACGACCGCGACACCUACCGCUACACCCCUCUGCUCGCUUGGCUCCUCCUGCCCACCGCCGCCGGCCCCUCCUCCUCCGUCCUCUUCUCCUUCGGCAAGGUCGUCUUCGCCCUGGCCGACCUGCUCGCGGGGUGGCUCCUCCUCCGCAUGCUGCAGGCCCGCCGCGGCAUGACCCCCGAGAGGAGCGGCGCCUUCGCCGCCCUCUGGCUCUGGAACCCGAUGGUCGCCACCAUCAGCACCAGGGGCAGCUCCGAGGGCCUCCUAGGCGUGCUCACCGCGGGCCUGCUCUGGGCCGUCGAGCGGAGGCGGGUCAGCCUGGCCGGCGUGAUCCUCGGCCUCGGCGUCCACUUCAAGAUCUACCCCUUCAUCUACGCGCCGGCCAUCAUCUGGUGGAUGGACGCCGAGCGGGCUGGCGGCUCUGUAAACCAGAUGAGGAGGCCUUCCAUAAAGGACCGGCUCCUGUACUUCAUCACACUGUCCAGGAUCGAGCUGGCCAUCGUCAGUCUGGCCACCUUCAUGCUCCUCAACAUCCUCAUGUACUCCAUCUAUGGACACCCAUUCCUCCUCCACACAUUCCUCCACCACGUCACCCGCAUCGACCACCGCCACAACUUCUCCGCCUACAACACCCUGCUCUACCUCAACUCGGCGGACCCCUCCGCCCCCUCCUCGUGGCACGCCGAGUCCCUGGCCUUCAUCCCCCAGCUCCUCCUCGCCUGCCUGCUCAUCCCCCUCGCCAUCGCCAAGAAGGACCUCGCCACCUCCAUGCUGGCGCAGACAUUCGCCUUUGUCACGUUCAACAAGGUCUGCACCUCCCAGUACUUCCUCUGGUACAUGGUAUUCCUACCACUCUACCUCCCCAACUCCUCCCUCCUCCGCAACCCCAAGCUCGGCAUCUCAGCCCUCCUGCUCUGGGUCGGCACCCAGGGCGCGUGGCUCCAGCAGGGCUACCAGCUCGAGUUCCUGGGCAACAGCACAUUCUUCCCGGGGCUCUGGCUCUCCUCACUCGCCUUCUUCGCCACAAAUUGCUGGAUCCUUGGCAUCAUUAUCAGUGAUGGGGCCUCUGACAAGAGCGCAGCUAGUACACAGUAG